AUGGUAGCAAAUCUAGAUUUGGCAAAGGAAGUCAUAAAGGAGUUUGAAGAGUUCAAAAUUGCACAAGUCUCCAGGAGUCUUAACACCGAAGUAGACUAUCUUGCCAAUCUCGGAUCCAACAUCAACGCAGAUGAAUUCAGAGCAAUACCACUAGUACACAUCAUGUCUCCAGCAAUUGAGAAAGAGUCUACAAUGAAUAUUUACGAGAUACAAACAAAUCUAACUAAAGAAGAAGACAACUGGACCAAACCAUUCAAAGAGUUCUUCGCAGACAACAUAACACCAAAAGGGAAAGUGGCUACACACGCAUUUGCCAUGAAGGCAUCUAAGUAUUGCCUCAUCAGCAACUUACUAUUCAAGGAGUCAACAGCAGGCCCAUACUUAAGAUGUCUAGAGAAAAAUGAAGUACAACAGGUGCUACAGUCCCUACACAAUGAGGAAUGCGGAAAUCACUCAAGAGAAAGAAACCUAGCCAACUUAGCAUUUAGGAUGGGAUACUUCUAG